AUGAAGGCCUCACCGGGUAUUUCGCUUCUGACCCUCGUUUUUCUCUGUUCCCCGGCUCCGUGCCGCGCCACGUCUUUGCGCAAACGUGAUCUGGUCGUUCCGCCUGGCUUUGACAAUGGGUGGAAGUAUCAGGGCUGUUAUGUGGAUGUGGGCCGUACGCUCGACGGGCCUGAUACGGCCGACCCCAAGAUGACAAGUGAGAAAUGCGCCAACCUUUGCUUUGGCAAGGGUUAUCCUUACGCGGGAACCCAGUAUCACACUGAGUGCUACUGCGGCAGCAAGAUUGCCACUGGUGGAGUCAAAGUCGUAGAGAAAGACUGCAGCACGCCGUGCGGAGGGAAUGCCACACAAGCCUGCGGUGGACCAAAGCGGCUCACCUUGUAUCAAACAACUCAAAUCACGGGCCCGACGGUAAAUCCUGGAGUGGACGGCUGGGCAUCCAUGGGCUGCUACUCCGAGGGCACCACGGGCCGUGCUUUGACGCAGGGCAUCAACAGCGUUCCCGGUGCGCAGAUGACUGUGGCCAAGUGCACGGCGGCCUGCAAAGCCUCGGGCCACUCCCUUGCCGGCGUUGAGUUUGGAGCCGAGUGUUACUGCGGCACGAGAAUCUCAAACGGGGCAAAGCCGGUGGAUGGUGGCUGCAGCACGCCUUGCAGGGGCAACAGUUCGGAAUACUGCGGCGGAGGUGGUCGCCUGAACGUGUACGGCAACAACGUGCAGACCCCCACGAGUACGAGAGGCCGGAACGUCAACACCAACAGCGCAUCGGACGGAUCCGCGACCCCGACUGCUUGUCCCAGCCAGCCCCAGAGCGUGGGCGACUGGAUGUCGUACGGCUGCUACACCGAGGCGACUGCCGGGCGGGCUCUGAGCGAUAAGUCGUACUCGGCCAACGACAUGACGCUGGCAGCGUGUGCCAAGUUCUGCGCCGGGUACUCGUAUUUUGGCAUCGAAUUCUCGCGCGAGUGCUUCUGCGGAAGCAAAUUAAACGACGGCGCUGCCAAGAGGCCGGACUCGGAGUGCAGCAUGGUCUGCUCGGGCUCCGACUGCGAAUUCUGCGGCGCGGGCAGCCGUCUGUCCGUUUACAACACCAAGGGCGGCGGUGUCGAUCCUCGCAGCACCGCGCAAGGAGGCGCGGGCCCCCAGGUGACGGGGCUGCCGGACGGCUGGGCAGCCUACGGAUGCUGGGUAGACGGAGUCAAGGGCCGCAUUCUCGGCAAGCAGGUGCCCGAUGACCCCAAGCUGACGCUCCAGUCCUGCGCAAAGACGUGCGCGGGCCUCGGCUACACCGUCGCGGGCGCCGAGUACUCGCGGCAGUGCUUCUGCGGCAACCAGAUCGUCAAUGGCGGUGUCCGGGCCAAGUCGGAGUCAGAGUGCAACUCGGAAUGCGGCGGCGACAAGACACAGAAAUGCGGCGGGCCCGGCAGGAUGAGCAUCUUGUCCGUGGGCGAGCCCCAGGUCCUCGAGCCGCCCCGGGCGAUCCCCCAGGUGGGCGACUGGGCUUACCAGGGCUGUGUGCAGGACAACGUCAACCAGACGCGCACCUUUUUCUGGCAAAACUUCUUCGAGGCCAACAUGACGCCGACGGCCUGUCUCGAGAGGUGCGGCAGCUUUGGAUACAUGGCCGCCGGCAUGGAGUACGGCAAGGAGUGCUACUGCGGUGACCCGGCCAACAUCAAAACGGCCGGGGCCAAGUAUCUCGACGACACCGAGUGCAACAUCCCCUGCACGGGCAACGCCUCGGCCCUCUGCGGCGGCGGCAGCCGGCUGACGACGUAUUUCUGGAAGGGCGAGCCUUUCUACUCGUGGAAUUUCCCCGAAGCCGGCACCCCGGACGCCGGAUCCUACGACUUCCUCAUCGGCGGCGUUUGCGUGCCUCUGAUGACAUCGCAGGCCAUCACCGGCAAGGUCACCUUCCUGGAGAAAUGGGGCACCGGCCCGCCCAACUCGACGGGCGCCUACGAGCUUGACCUCUCCCUUAUUAGCGACUUCAAGGCGGCGUGGCGGGCGAUGCACGUUAAGACGGACAUCUUUUGCGCCGGCGGCAUCACCCUGCCGGACAAGGCCGGCCGCCAGCUCACCGUAGGCGGCUGGUCGGGCGACUCGACCUACGGCGUCCGCAUCUACACGCCCGACGGAUCUCCCGGGGUGCCGGGCAAGAAUGACUGGCAGGAGAAUGUCGACGUCCUCAAGCUUCAAGACGGCCGCUGGUAUCCGUCGGCUAUGAUCAUGGCCAACGGCUCAGUCCUCGUUAUUGGCGGAGAGGUUGGCUCGAACGGCGCCCCCGUGCCGACCCUCGAGCUCUUGCCCUCGACCGGCACCAAGCCUCUGCGCAUGGACUGGCUCGAGCGCACCGACCCUAACAAUCUAUACCCCUUCAUGGCCGUCCUCCCUUCUGGAGGCAUCUUUGCCGCCUACUGGAACGAGGCUCGCAUCCUCGACGAGAAUACCUUUGCCACUAUCAAGACGCUGCCCAACAUGCCCGGCGCCGUCAAUAACCCCAAGGGCGGCCGCACAUAUCCGCUCGAAGGCACGGCCGUCCUGCUUCCUCAGCGCGCCCCCUACACCGACCCGCUCGGCAUCCUCCUCUGCGGCGGCUCGACAGAGGGAGCCUCGACGGCGCUCGACAACUGCGUCAGCACCUACCCAGAUACACCCAGCCCCAAGUGGACGCUCGAGCGCAUGCCGUCGCAGCGCGUGAUGCCCUGCAUGGCCCCCCUUCCCGACGGCACCUACAUCAUCGCCAACGGCGCUCACCACGGCGUUGCCGGCUUCGGCUUGGCCAAGGACCCGAACCUCAACGCCCUGCUCUACGAUCCGGCCAAGCCCAUCGGGCGCCGCAUCACCGUCAUGGCCAAUACGACCGUGGCUCGCCUGUACCACUCGGAAGCAAUUACACUGCUCGACGGCCGCGUGCUUAUCUCGGGCUCCGACCCCCAGGACGGCGUCAAUCCCGAAGAGUACCGCGUUGAGACAUUUACGCCGCCCUAUCUGCUCAAAGGCAAGCCUCGCCCUACCUUUACGCUGAAAAACACCGACUGGAAGUACGGACAGCAGGUCUCGUUCAACCUGGGAGGUGCCGCACAGAACGGGGACAUCGCCGUCUCGCUGCUGGGCUCUGUGUCUAGCACCCACGGCAACUCGAUGGGCGCGCGCACCAUCUUUCCCGAGGUUUCGUGCUCGGGAACUUCUUGCACCGUCACGUCCCCGCCCGGAAAGUACGUUUGUCCGCCAGGCUGGUACCAGUUCUUCGUCCUGGACGGCGGAAUCCCGGCCGUCGGCGUCUUCGUCCGCAUCGGUGGCGAUCCUGGCGAGGUGGGCAACUGGCCCAAGGGCGACGGCUUCACCAGGCCCGGAGUCUGA